CCGACUCCAACUAAUUGGGCGGUUUCCAACACCACCAUCUUCCUUACUUUUCCUUCCACCAAUAUCAUCCUACUCGCUGCCAGUAUCCUCCCCUACAAGCCUCAUUCUCUUCACCUUAACUACCUCCCUACCAGCACGCGCUCCUGCAACACCUACCUAUCCACCCUUUCUCAGGCAUUUUCAUUCCUGUAUAUCGCCAACUGGACUUAUUUCCUCUCAGCUGCCUCGCGAGCCAUCCACACGCCGGGGCCCCUCCUGUCAGCCUCACGUUAGCAAACUCACCAAACCGAUCAACUAUAACUAGAUCGUCUUUUUUGUUCAAACUUGCACGUGUCGCUGUCAAAUAUUUGACAACGAUCACCACACCAAACCCACGUCUCUCACUUGCCUUCCAACCUUACCUUCCUUCCUCCCCUUGACGGGCUUAUCCAGACUGAUCCGAGAACGACCAUCAACUAAGUGGGAUUUCCGCAGCGAUCAAACCUGAACAAGUUCUUGAAAACAUCAGACUUCAGUUCGAAUUCGCCUCAAAUCCCUGUCCAGCCGUCUCCUUACGUUCAACCUGAUCCCCUAGUCCUGCGUCCUCUCGUUCGAACCCCUCUGCCGAUCAGACAUUUGACCCAACUUCCUGCCGCCUUCCCGGCGAGUGAUCAGAGAACGAGUCUGAGCUUCUCUAGUGGCAAGGUCUUGUCUUACUCACCUCCUGAAGACACAAUUCCGUUCGCUAGAAGACGACGUCGCGGACGGUCUUAUGACUUGUGGGUCCCCAAAAGAUGACGGACAGUCUACACAAUCGGUCAUGACAAUGCCCCCAGAAGACUUACCACAUCGUACCAUGGAGAGACUUCCCGCGUCCAACCCGUCUGCUUCGAAUCACAGGCCUGCACUUUCACAGUCAAUGCCUUCGACACCCUACCAACGCCCGCAAUCUCACCUGGAUCUCAGAAAUUCUCCCUCCCCAGACCCCAACACCAAAGUCGGCUCGCCGCGGUCGCAGCCCUCUGAAAAAGAGCAUACCCCGCCAGGAAUUCGAAAAACACAUGGGUCGUGUAGAUUCGAAACCGGUAUGGCAAGGGCUCGGCGGCGUGUCCCGUACUCCCUGGGCCCGGAACCUUUAGAGCCUGAGAAAGGUGAUCUCAAGGCUCGGCUCACCCAAGAAGAGGACCAGAAGCUGACCGCAGAGAUCCAAUCUCUGUAUGAAACGCUGCAGCCAUCUGCUGAAAGCGAAGAACGACGAGCAAGCUUUGUUCAGAAAUUACGAAGUAUUCUGCAAAAGCGUUGGCCACAAUCAUCAAUCAAUGUCAAUGUGUUUGGAUCCACUGGUAACCACUUGGGCACCUCGGAUUCGGAUGUUGACAUCUGUAUCACGACCGACUGUACAGAAAUGGAACGCGUCUGCUCUAUCGCCGAGUUACUCGCCAAAAACGGCAUGGAGAGGGUAGUGUGCGUUUCUAGCGCCAAAGUUCCAAUCGUCAAGGUGUGGGAUCCAGAACUGCAAGUCGCCUGCGAUAUCAAUGUCAACAACCCCCUUGCCCUCGAGAACACCGAUCUGGUGCGUACAUAUGUCGAACUCGAUAGUCGUGUUCGGCCUUUGGCCAUGCUCAUCAAGCAUUGGGCCAAGCGACGGCUCUUGAAUGAUGCCGCUCUCGGAGGGACCCUUAGUUCCUACACGUGGAUAUGCCUGGCUCUGAACUUUCUGCAAACCCGUAUCCCUCCCAUCCUCCCCUCGUUGCAACAACAAAAGCACCUCGAACCAAAAAUUCUCGCUGGGGUCGAUGUCGCUUUCGACCACAACACCGAUACAUAUAAAGGGUUUGGCAGUAAAAAUGAGUCGUCAUUAGGAGAACUGUUUUUUCAGUUCUUUCGUUACUAUGGCCAUGAACUGGAUUUCGAGCACAGUGUUGUCUCAGUACGCAUGGGUCGCCUGUUACCGAAGGUGGAGAAGUCGUGGCACCUCACGUUGGACAACCGACUCUGCGUCGAGGAGCCGUUCAACAUAUCUAGGAACCUCGCCAACACAGCAGAUGAUACUUCGAUGAGGGGAAUUCACUUGGAAUUGCGCCGGGCUUUCGAUUUACUGAGCCAAGGACAACUUGAUCAAUGUUGCGAACAAUUUGAGCACCCCCAGCCCCAAGAGGAUCUCAAGCCUUCUGACAUCUUCGUUCCACCUUCGUCUCGGCCAGUGAUAACUCAGCAACCAACGCAAACUUUGCGUGCGCCCCGAAAUUCUGGCAGAGGUCGUCACUCGAGCCACACUAACCGUAAUGUCAGCGGUCGGAGGUCCUCCAACCCUUCUGGACGGAAUUCAGCCUACCUUCGCAAUCUUCCAUUUCAGAUGACUACUCAGGAGCUGCAGUUACAGGCUCAGCAUCAACAGCACCUACUUCACGACCAGCUGUUCCAGCAGUACCAGUACCUGCAACUUCAAGAACAAGAGCUUAGGAUGCAGUUGCAUCAACAGAAUUUGAGGCAUCGAGGUCUAAUCGCAGCUGGCUAUCCCCAUGUUGGUGGUUAUCAGCCGCUAUCCUCUCACGAGGACCAUCAGGACGCCAACCUAAACAGUCAGGCGGGCGGAGUUGGACGAGCUCCAAUGUCCGCUCCGUUGUAUCAACAACGCUUCAUGCCCGUGUCUCCUUAUUUGCAGAAUUCACAGACGUCGCAAGGUAUUGCGACCGAUCCUCCAUCUCCACGCAUGCAAACCGGCUUCCCUGAUACGAGACGGUUUUCUCGCCGGACCUCAUUGACACAGGCGUCAACGGGUGGUUCGUUGAGAGCGCAGUCCCAGCCGGCACGGGUGAUGCCGACGCCUAUCUUCAAUCAUCCACAAGCCAGGUCAGACCUCUAUCGCUACCAGGAUCCUAAUCUGGGCCGGAGAUCUUCCUCGUCAUCGACAUCACACGAACCGUAUGGCAUCGGUAUCGACAGCCAGUAUGGCGGAGUUGCUGCAAACUAUGACAGUAGUCGGCGUCCCGCCGAGUAUCUCGGCUACUAUGUUGGACACUCACCAUCUCUUUCAGCAUAUACGCAGAGCACGACGAUCUCACCGAUUCCUUCUCAUGUGGGGCUUGCCAUUCAGAACGGUGGACUAUCCCCUCGAAUGGGGUCUGUCUCGGCGAGGAGCACGAGCGCAACAGAUUUUUCGCCCCUGCAACAAGCCUCCACGGCUGUCUCCGAGGCCAACAGAUCGUCUGAUACUUCGUCAGAUGCCACGUCAAAAGCCCCAGCCGAUCCUGUGCCAGCUGUGACGAGAAAUGGGCCGUUGAUCGUGGAUGGCUCGGUUCACUCUCCGCGACGAAGGCGGACAGCACAAGCAGCGCACGACUCGGAUGAGCACAUGAAUUUCAGCGCUUCGACCUCAGAAGAUCUCGCAUUUGAUACACCUUCGAGUUCCGACGAACAAUCGCAAGAUGCUUUUGACAUGAAACGGAAGGACAAAUCCACGGCAGCAAGCCCACGGCCCAACGGAGGAUUGAUGCAUUCUGGCCUGGUGAAGAGCGACUUCUCAAACGGGCAUGUUGCGACACACCGCGUACAUGAGUCAAGCACGAGCGACUCUGCAUCGGCCAAACCUUUGACUUUGACGGAGCGUUCGGGUCCGGUGACAAGUAUGGACUUUUCUCAAAACGUACCUUGGCCUCUUGACCGGCAGCUCUCGGCGGUGGAAGAAGUUCGUACUCCAUCUCCCCGUGGCGGCGCGUUUCCCAGGCAAGGAACGUCUUCUAAAGGCCAAGUGCAGUCCGAAUCUUCUCUGGUCAAUGGAUCAAGCACCGAGGGCAAUCAUGAUCGCCCCUUGGCGCUGAGAGCGAAUGGAACAUUGACCAGUUCUGGGACGCCGCCAUCAGCGGCAUCCGGUAGCAGCACUGUGAGUGCAUGGCAGACGGCUAAGAAAAAGAAGAACCGGAACAGGAAAGACACGACGUCUGAUAUUGAUGGCCAGAAUAUCAAAGUCGGGGCCGGUGAAGCAUUGCCGGCAGAUGACUCGCAGCGGAAGGGCGGCUAGGGACUCCUUGGUGGAAUCCCUCUAGGGCGUGUGGGCCCUCGAGACAAUGGAAAUCAAGAGACGGUGUCUGCGAGGGCGUUCAAAGAGCCCUGCUUGCAGUGUUUAGAGGCAUGAGAUGGAGAUCUGAACUGUGGAAAGGAGCAGUUGCAGACAAAUGGGGAAGAUGACACUAUCAACAGCAAGCAUCUAGCGGUUUUAUGUUUUUUGGUUACGGACAAAGAAAACUUGUUGGGCGUUGUGUCGGAUCAGCAUCAUGACAGCAAAACGGACACGGGCAGCAUACAGGCCACAAAUCCGGCGGUGGUCGGCCGCCGAAGAAUUGACCCAGAAAUGGCACAUGGGCAAUGGUUGACAGAAGUGCGCAUGGUCGGUCCCUCUACUCGUAGCUGGCGGCUUGGGGAAGAGGUGACAACAGCAUUGAGGGUCGGAGUGAUGAAUCAACGGCCGCGAACAGCAUUUUAUGAAUUGCAGGCACGAACAUGAAACCAGAGCAAGGACCAUCUGUACCCAGUCCUUGGGAGCAAGAACUGGCCCUAGCUGGGACUGGGGGACUUUGUCUUGAAAUUUGAAAAGAGCACAAGAGCAUGCUCCAUACAUUGAAUGCAAAUGGAGAUGUCGUCCAAGACAUGAAGAACGGCAAUCACCCAUAAAAAAAAGGAAUGGCGAGGGUCUGUACAGCACUGCCGGUCUUGGGCUGCAGCAAACGGGAGCUGGCUGAGUGGGAGGCAGACAGGCAGGCAGGCUUUGGCAAUUACCUAGUUACUCACGCUUAGCUACCUAGGCAUGCAAAUUGAAUGAGAGAAUGCCCAUUGUUAAAACCCAG